UCAAAACAAACGCCUGUGAUGUCUCUGACCCGAUAGUUCAGUCACAGAAUCUGCAUGCCUACGUCGUUGCUUCCACAUCUCUCUCCAUUAAUGGCUUUUUGAAACUAUUUAGAUAAACUUCACAAAGUCCAACUCCACACCCAAACCCUCUAAAUAAUCCCUCAUCCCCAUCUAUAUCUAUAUAUAUGUAUAUAUAGACCAAAUUCUUCUCUGAUUUUUUUAUGUGUCAUACCAGAAACCAAACAAGAUUUUGAUUUGAAGCAAAACCCAUCUGAAAAGUUUUGAUUUUGGUGAUCAAGAUGGCUAUACAAGCCCACUCUCCAUUGUUGGGUACUCAGGAUUCGAUGGAGAAUGGUUGGGUUAACCAGUCAUUCUCUGAUCUUCAACAGCAACAGCAGUUUCAAAACCAGCAACAGAUGUAUCAGAAUCAGAAUCUACUUGCAUCAAAUUCCUUGAAGAACAGCAUGGUCAACACCAACACCACCAGUCUUCCUUCAAUGCCUUUCUAUCAAAGCUUGGCCGCUCAGGAGGAGAAACAGAGACAAGAAAUGGAUCAAUUCAUCAGAUUGCAGAAUGAGAGAUUGAGAUUGAUGUUGAGGGAGCAGAGGAAGCAACAAUUGGGCAUGGUGUUGAAGAAAAUAGAAUCAACAACAAUGCCUUUGUUGAGACAGAAAGACGAAGAGAUAGCACAAGGGACCAAAAGAGCAAUGGAGCUUGAAGAUUUCUUGAAGAGAUUGGAGAUGGAGAACCAAGCGUGGCAGAGAACAGCACAAGAGAACGAGGCCAUGGUUGUUUCCCUAAACAACACGCUUGAGCAACUAAUGGAAAACAACAACAAUGGUUCUUGCGGUGGAUUCUAUGGUCGUGAGGCAGAGGACGUUGAGUCUUGCUGUGAUGCGGAUGAAGACAAGAAAGCGGAGUUGAACAGAGAGGAACAGAAGAUGAUGGUCUGCAGAGGAUGCAAGUCUAGGAAUUCGUGCGUUCUGUUCCUUCCUUGCAGACACCUUUGUUCAUGCCAAGUCUGUGAAUCCUUUCUUGAUUCGUGCCCAAUUUGCAAUACCGUAAAGAACGCCAGCAUUGAGGUUUUGCUUUAGUUAAAUUUUCCGGUAAAAUGUGAAUGCCGGGAAAAACAGGGGAAAGAAGAUAUUUUGGGGAACGGGUCGGGUUUAGAUUAUGAUUAGGACCCAGUAAGAUAGAUAUUCUGUUCUUAGAUUUUAAUUUCUUACAUCAAUCAGUUUGAACGGAAGAAUUACAGGACAAUAACCUCGAAUCUUGAUAUUACAUUUUCAGUCAAGAUGGAAUGGACAGGGAAAAGGAAAAAAAGAAGAAAAUUUUGAUUACAAUGGGUCAAAUCCGGAGUCUUAAUCAGGACCCAUUUCGGUGCAUGAAUUUGUCCUGUGUACUGACUCUGUUCUGACUGUUCAUAUAGUGUGCUAUAAUUGUGGUACCUCAAAAACAGCAAACCAUUGAAGACAGUUUUACAGUGGUACAA